CGUAUUUGACGGCGGCAGACAGCUCACAUGUACUUCGUCUUCGACAUAUAUAAGGAGCUCCUCUUCCCCACCCCCCUUCCAUUCCCAGCUUACAACAAGCCUCCUCCUCCUCUUCCUCCGCUCUAUCUCUCUGCGCGAAGAGUUGAUGUCGGAGGAAAAAGGCCGGCCCUUGCCGAAGUUUGGGGAGUGGGAUGUCAAUGAUCCUGCUUCCGCAGACGGUUUCACCGUGAUCUUCAACAAAGCCCGCGAUGAGAAAAAAACAGGUGGCAACAUACACCAAACUGACUCUCUGGGAAAGGAGGAAGAAGCUCUUAAACCAGGAACUUCUGCCUCCAAACCUCCUAAGAAAUGGUUUUGCUGCAUGCAUACAUCAGCCAAAUAGUAGAGAUGUGCGAUCAUGAAGUCGAAUUUUUCGAAUUGAAUUUGUCAGGUUUGUGGCAUUGCGAAUAACAGGUAGAGUUCGGCGUCAUGCUCAAGUAGGGGUGAACCUCAGAAUUAUGGUUACUUUUUGAUGUGUAGGAACAUUUGCUAGAGCACAUUAGUAGAAUCUUGUGUCUAUUUGCUUGCCAUCAUUUUUUUUUUUCAGUUGCAUCUUCCAUCCACCAAAAUUUUCUGUUUCUUUCUGUGGUUUCAAUAAAAGACUACGUGUUUCAUGUGU